AAAUGGAUGUGUGUGUGGGUCUGGCCACUCUUGAAAUUGUUAUUGCAAACAAAAGCAAACUCCUUCUAUCUCUAUCCGUGCCGUGAUGUAAAUAUGAAGUGGAAUCUCAUUGCGUUUGCAACAAUUGAAUUUAAACAUCUAUCAAAGAAAUCGAAUUAUUCGGCGUAUUGAUUAGACCAACAAAAGCAAGAAGAAAAGGAGUUCUUUAAGCAAGACAACGACGACGACGAGAUCGGGAGACGGUGUGAGUGAGAGAGGGGCACAUAUUUUGUGGACGAUCCCAACGAACGGAACGAACAGAAUGGAUGUUGAAAUACCUGUUUUGGCUGGAUAUCUUAAUGUUCCAACUCAAACUGGAUUUUCGCUGAAUCGCAUUUCGAAAAAGAAAACAUGCGGUCGAUAUUGCCUUUUAUUUAAGGCCAGUCGACAUGGUAUUGCACGUCUGGAAAUUGGCGAAAGCAAGGACGAUAAGAAUCCCAAAAUAUUUGUACUCGGAGACUGUGUUAAGAUCACAAAAGAAGCGGCCAAUAAUCUCAUACACAUUGUGAAACACAAUGGAACCCUGGCCCUCAACACAAAUGGCGAUGAGGAGCUAAAGGAUUGGCUUAAAGCCCUUCAGACUGUUGCAUUUUGCGAUACAAACACCGGACACCAUGGAACCAAUCAUGGGGGUCACGGGGCGGCCAUUGAGGAGGAUAACGAUCUGUAUUGCAGUUCAUUUGAUGGUCUGUUUAUGAUCACGUUGAUACCAUCGGAGGCAUCGAUACGUUGCAACAUUGAACCGAAGACUUAUAUGCUCCAAAUGACGCCGACUGAAUUGCAAUUGAAAUCGGAGGAUCUAAAUGUAACGAUUGCCAUGUGGCCAUAUCGUUUUAUACGAAAAUAUGGCUAUCGUGAUGGUAAAUUCACAUUCGAGGCGGGACGCAAAUGCACCACGGGCGAGGGAGUCUUUACAUUGGAUCACACCAAUCCCCAGGAGGUAUUCCGUUGUAUGUCCGCCAAAAUGAAAUCGAUGAAGAAACUAAUCAAUGGCAGCGAUAGUUUGAGUAGCAUUGAAUGCGUGGAGAAUCAAUUUAGUGCCGUUGCUGGGAUGGAACCGGGCUCACGUAGUCCAUUGCCACCGUCGCCAUCGAGUAAUCCGUUGAAUGCAGCUGAAUUCGAAAUCAAUUCCACGCAGAGUUGUAUAUCAUUGCGUGGUUUUAUAAGCUCAAAUGAUUCAUUGAAUAACUUCUCAGCCAAUAAUAGUGGAGGAGGAGGAGGAGUUGGUGCUGGUGCAGCAGCAGCAGCAGCAGCCAACAAACAUAUACCGAAUAAGCCGCCACGCAAGUUACCCAAUCCAGUGCCAGUUGCUCCUCCUCAUUGUGAUAAAUACAAGAAUAUUGUGAAAUACGAACCAGUUGCCAUAACAACAUCAUCGCCAGCCGAUGCAACCGGAUCGGCGGUUAUACUGAAGCCUGGAUCACCCGAUUCCAUGCAUCGUGCCAGUCCACCAGAUUUGCCGCUGCGCAAUGAGAGUGUCAUCAAGCCGCCAAUGGAGCGGGACUACGAAUGCAUUGAGAAUAUAACCGAUGCGUGGAAAACUCGCGGUGUCGGCGAUGUCAGACACUGCGAACGUAUACCAUCAAUACUCUGUGAUAGUGGGGAUUUUGUGAGGCAACAGCAGCGUGAUAAACGCUUAACCCCAACGGCUGGUACACCAAAAAUCAUAGAUAUUGAUAUUGGGGAAGGUUCUGCAUUGCCGUUGCCGUUGCCAUUGCCGCCACCGCCGCCGCCGUCGUCAUCAUCCACCUCAAUUGUUGGUGUACUUGUCUCCUCUCCGCCGCCGGAUGCGAAUUAUGAUCGUUUGGAUUUCCUAUCGCCAAAUCAUAAAACCUCCAGCGGUUAUAAAACGAUUGUCAAUGUCACAUUGCCCGUGAAUCGUUUGCCACCGCCGCCAAAUGAAUACGAAUUGAUAGCUAGUCCAGAUACAGAAAGUUUUCGCAAGGCCGAUGACAGCCAUUUGGGCUACGGAGUGCUCCGUAAAUCAUCAUCAUCAUCAUCAUCGAACACCACCAACAUGAAUAAUAAUAACAAUAAUCAGAAUCAUACUAAUAAUAAUAAUAAUAAUAAUAAUAAUGGUAAUAAUAAUAAUGGUAAUUCAACAAACUCAACAACAACCACAUCGACUUCUGUUGGCAUUUGCAUUAACAACAACAACAACGAAUCCUCCUCCACUUCAGUAUCAACAACUCUCGAUCAUCGUAGCUACAAUGGACUCAACUAUACAAUUGUCAGCAAACCCAAAAGAGUGUGAAAUGGAAAAAGGAUAAGCAGCAGGAGCAAGGACAAUCGAACUCUAAUCUCUAUUGUAAUAUUCAUAUUUCGAAUAUAAGUUGAACAAACGUUUUUGUUUUAAUUUUUAUAUUACUUAACUUUUUGCUAAAACAAAAAAAAAAACGAAACAGAACGAAAUGGAACGAGAGAAGUUCAUCUCGCUCUAUCUCGCGUAAUGAUUCAAAAGGUUUUUUUUUUUUUGUUGUUUAUAGACGUUCAUAAUCUGUGAUUCUACUGUUAAUGAAAAAAAAUUGUCAUAUUUAGUCUGGCAUUUUGUAAACACUGCCCGCCCCACCACACCCCCUCAAAAAUAUAUAUAUGUAAUACACACACACACACACACAUCGAGCUCACACACACUCAAAAGAAAGAUAUGGAAUUGCAAUCAUUUGAAUAUUUAGAAUUUUAAGUCCAUUUAUUAUAUAUAUUAUCGAUGACGAUGAAGAUAAUGUCAGGGAAUCUCUCCAAGGGGCCAAUCUACUUAUAUCCUAGCAUUUUUUUGAAAUUUAUGUUCAUUUAGACAUUUCUUGAAAAGUAAAUUUAUACCAGGUAAAAACAAUGUUAUAAAAGAUAUUUAUAGAUGUUUGCCAUAUCAAAAAACAAAAACAAAGCCAGAUUAAGUAUGUAAAUAACAGAAAAUGAUUUAAAUUAAUGAUUUUAAAUUACAUUUUGUCAAGUAAUUAUCAAUGGAGAAGAAACUGUGGCCCAUUGUCCUUAAACCACAAUAUUCGGCGGUGCCUUGAAACUAUUUGAACUAAACUAAAAUUAGUUAUAUAUAUAUAUGUGUGUGUAUGUGUAAAUACCAUGUGAAAAAGCCAUAUGGAAAAA